AUGGCUGAUUCGAAUAGCCAACAACCUCGGACUAUUGCCGGUGGUACGGGGACACUCAAUGAUCAUCCUGGUUCACCUUUAAAUGUUGUCCCACAUAAUCUUUCACCUCAUUUUGCAUUUAAUGAAGAUGAAGAUGCAUUGGGUGAGAGUAUAGUUACACAAGAUCCUAAACCUAUUUCUUCAGAGUUUCUAGGUGUUCAUGCGGACGAGGAAUUUUAUGUUCACCACACACCCAAUGGCACUAGAAUGUGGUGUCCUAAUGUUCCUAUUGUUUUAAAGCCUGUUGUUGGUUGUGUAUAUGAAAUGUGGAAGGAUGUGUUCAGUAUGUACAAGGACUAUGCUGUGUAUUCUGGGUUUUCUAUUCGUAAGGGGCAAACCAAGAGAUGGAAGGGAAUUGGUCCAAUUGUUUCUCACAGAGUUUUAGUGUCCCUGAUGGGUGGACAUCACAACGUACGUGGCACGCCAACUGAUUUUAAGAACUGGAGCCAGUCGGUUAGGCUUUAUAUUGGUGACCGUGAUGCGCAACUUGUUAUAGAUCGUCUCAAAGAAAGAUCUGAGAGCAUACCAGACUUUUACUAUGAGUUUGUGGUUGAGAAAGGGCAAUUGAGAUCGAUUUUUUGGGCAGACGAAAUUUCCAAGAUAAACUAUGAGGUGUUUGGGGACGUGUUAGCUUUUGAUGCGACUAAUCACACUAACAAGUACAGCAUGAUUUUUGUUCCUUUCGCUAGCGUUGAUAGUCAUAAACAAUGUGUGACAUUCGGUGCUGGCUUGCUAUUCAAUGAAACCACUGAGUCUUACAAGUGGUUACUUGAAUCAUUUCUGAAGGCACACAAGAAGCAACCAAAGUUAGUUCUGACGGACCAGGAGCCUUCAAUGAAAGCUGCCAUUUCAGAGGUUUUCACAGACUCUCGGCACCGCCUUUGCAUGUGGCAUAUUAUGAAGAAACUUCCCACCAAGAUUACUGGAGACCUGUUACAAAACUCUGAGCUAAGAGCAUUGAUGCAUCGUUUGGUAUGGAGUAUUCACAUGAAGCCAUCUACAUUUGAGACGCGUUGGCAACUUUUGAUGGAGGAAUAUGGGUUACAAGAUCACGACUGGUUGAAUGACAUGUACUCAAUUAGGGACCAAUGGGUACCUGCCUACUUCCGUGAUAUCCCAAUGUGUUGUCUGAUGAAGACUACAUCAAGAUGUGAAAGCUCUAACUCAAGCUUCAAGGUCAACUCUUCUAGCGCUAACACACUAGUUCAGUUCAUGUUAUUUUACAAAACUAGGAUAGACAAUCAGCGUUACAGGCAACGUGUUGCAGAGUUUAAAACUUCAUCUAGUGUAUUCAUGGACACUACUGACUUAGCUAUUGAGAAGCAUGCUUUUGAGUUGUAUACACAUGCAAUUUUCACAGAAGUAAGAAAGGAGAUAUACAAGGGGAAGUUGUUUUGUUACAUUGUAAACACGGAGGAUUGUGAUGAUGUUUGUGUUUACUAUGUGAAUCAGUUGGACAAACGAAACAAUGCAACCAAUACAUUCACGGUUAAACUUGAGUUGAGAAACCAGUCGGUCUCUUGUUCAUGCAACAACUUCAUCCGUAUUGGAUAUCUGGGUAGGCACUUUUUUUGUGUUUACCGGGUAAACAAUAUUGAAAAAAUCCCGACCCAGUUUGUUGUUAAGCGUUGGACUAGGGACGUGCUUCCUAAAAAUUUAUUUUCUAUUGAGAGUCGAUAUGGCAUUGACACCCGUCCACAAGCUGCUGCGAGAAGUCAGAUUCUUGAGAUUGUAACCGAAUGUGUAGACGCAUUAAGAAGUGAUGUUGGAGGAAUUUCUUCUUUCACUGAGCAGAUAAAGGAACUGAAAUGCAAGUUACUAAAUGGAGGACCAGUUGAUGACGAAGCCAACAAUGAUAACUAUGCUGCUGUUGAAGAAUUGCUUGGUGUUUCUUUAGAUGGGGACGUAACUCUCAACAAUCCAGACGGGAUCAGGAACAAAGGAUGCAGCAAACGUCGACGAUUGUCUAGAGCAUCUUAG